UAGAGAAGAAGUCACCACAAGCAGAACAAACAAUGGUGUCUCUCACCCUACAAAAGCGGCUUGCCGCCAGCAGCCUUGACUGUGGCAAACGUCGAGUAUGGCUUGAUCCGAACGAGACCACCACCAUCUCCUUGGCCAAUUCAAGAAUGAGCAUCAGAAAGCUCAUAAAAGAUGGCCUAAUCAUCAAAAGAUUGACAACAACCCACUCAAAAUCUCGAUCUCGACAACGCCAUCAAGCAAAAUCAAGAGGACGUCACUCAGGGAAUGGAAAACGAAGAGGAACAAAGGAAGCAAGGUUACCUACAAAGCUGCUAUGGAUGAGAAGAAUGAGAGUCCUCCGAAGAUUACUGCGGAAGUACAGAGACUAUGAGAAGAUAGAUAGGCAUAUUUAUCAUCAAAUGUACAUUAGAGUGAAGGGAAACGUCUACAAAAACAAGCGUGUUCUAAUGGAAAGCAUUCACAAAGUCAAGGCCGAAAAAGCAUUAGAAAAAACACUUUCUAUUCAGGUGGAGGCCAAGAGAGCAAUAAAUAGUAAAGCUAUAAUAAGAUUGUGAAACAGAAAGAUUACUCUACCAUUAAGGCUCUGGCUGUGACAUAAUUCACAAAUUCAGGGUCUGUCUUCCUCAGCCAUAUAGGGGAAGCUCAAUAAAACAAAUGGUUAGAUCAAAACUGUAUAAUGGUCCAUUAAUAUUUUUCAACUACAUAUGUAUUUGUAUGUUUCACAUGAGUUUCAUGAUGACAAAUCUAACAGAGUGAACAGUAAUUGUUACCUACAGAUAUUCAAACAGCAUUCAUGUGCAAUGAAAAGGAAAUAACAUCCUAUUUAGAAC